CAACCUGGGCGACUACCAAGCUCCGCCGGAGCAGGCUCACUACAUGGCCGAUGGCUCGCUGGCGCCUCCUUACUCGCCUCAAGUGCCGUACGACGCCCACGAUCCCCACAAGAUGGCCGCCAUGACGCCGGUGCAUAUGCUGGCGACGCCGCCUCCUCCAGUAGAGUUGGAGCAGCCGCCGAUGAUUCACGAGCUGCCGCCGGAGAACUACAGCUAUGAGCUUCCCGCAGAGAGCUUUGAGCACAGGUGACUCCUGGGGAAUGGCCAGCAACGCCAAAUGUGAGGGGAGGGAUUUUCAUUUGUUUUAUUCGAGCAUGGUUCCAAGCAUUCCUCUUUUUUUAUGUUUAUGAGGAAGAGCGUUUAUCAGCCUUUUUUUCUUCUCUCUUUUAGAGUACCAUGAGCAUAUCGUUUCUCUUGAAAGCAUG